AUGGCUACUGCAUCUGUUCAAGGUUCUGCUGCUGGUGGGCUUGAGGUUCCUGAUCAAGUUUUUCUUGGUGGGUUACCAUAUUACUUUAAGGAAGAACAGAUCAGAGAGUUGCUUGAGUCCUUUGGACCCCUUCGCAGUUUUCAGCUAGUGACAGAUUUAAGUACACGAAUCGACAAAAAGGCUGCCUAUUUUGUGUACCAGGAUGUUUUGGUUACAGACAUUGCUUGUGCAGCUCUGAAUGGGAUUCAAAUGGGUGCCGAUACACUGAUUGUUAGGCGUGCUAAUCAUGGUACUGCCAACGAGCAGCCGCAGCCAUGUUCUAAUCCGCAAGAAAGUUGCGGUAUUUGCUGGCGUAGCCUGAUGAUUGGGCAAGGCCGAGCCAUCUUCAUUGCUGAAUGCUCCCAUCGUUUCCACUACCCUUGUAUUGCCAACAAUGUCCAGUAUGGAAAUCUUCACUGCCCUGUCUGCAGAGCAAAAUGGGACAAGACUAAUGUACCUUUCCAAGUUUCUCCUCCUAAACGGACCAGGACAUCUGUCGUGUCCCCAAUGCUGCAGCAACUCCAACAUUGGAAUUAUCCUCACUAUCCUGAGUAUUCAUUUGAGCAGCAACAGCAGGACCCUCCUGAGCCACUUACCUUCGCUGAUGAUGAACCUCUCCACUCAUCGACCUCACCUGUUCAAUCCUCUGCCCACCAGAAUCUGACAGUUAAGACAUAUACAGAGUGCUCUGCUAUCUCUGCUGCAGAAUCUAACUCAAAGUUUCCUGUCCUUGUUAGCAUCCGUGCACCACCCCUUAAGGACUGUGAGCGCCAUGGUCGUACGCCCAUUGACCUUGUAACAGUUCUGGAUGUAAGAGCCAGCAUGCAAGGCAUCAAGCUUAACCUUGUCAAGCGUGCUGUCAAAUUUGUCAUAGAAAACUUGGGGCCUUUGGACAGACUUUCUAUUGUCUCAUUCUCAUCAACUUCUAAGAGAGUUCUUCCUCUCCAAAGGAUGACUGCUGAUGGCCGUGAAAGUGCCAUACUAGCCGUCGACUCACUUAAAACAGGUCGUGGAGCUGGCAUUGCUGAAGCACUCAAGAAAGGAUUUAAGGUCCUUGAAGAUCGAAGGGAAAAGAACCCAGUUGCUAGCAUCAUCCUCUUAUCCGACGGCAAAGAUAGCUACUGUCGAAGCCAAAGCCAAAUGUUGAACCAAAUGCUCGCUUCAAUUUGUGCUAGUGACAUUCAACAUGAAAUCCCAGUCCACACAUUUGGAUUUGGCAAGAAGCAUGAUGCAAACAUUAUGCAUGCUAUUUCUGAUGCAUCUGGGGGCACCUUUUCAUGCAUUGAAUCAGUUGGCAUGAUACAAAAUGGUUUUGCUUUGUGCAUUGGUGGUCUUCUCAAUGUUGUGGCUCAGGAACUUCGCCUCACAGUAAGGUCAGCAUCAUGUGCGGUGAAGAUUGUUUCAAUACCAUCAGGGAGACAUGUCAGCCAGAUUUCUGAUGAGGGCCAGCAAGGUGUUGUUGAUAUUGGAAACAUAUAUGCAGAAGAGGAGAAACAGUUUCUGGUCUACCUAUCAGUUCUACCCUCGGCUUCACAUGUUAAGAUGCCAUUGUUAGAUGUGACAUGCGUGUACAAAGAUCUUGCUUCAAAUGAGUUGAUGCAGGUGCAAGGUGAGAGAGUACAUAUACUGAGACCUGAGGUUUGUUCCCCUGCAGAAAAGGAAGUGUCUUUGGAGGUUGAUCGACAGCGGAACAGAAUUGGGGUGGCUGAAUCUAUUGCAGAGGCACAAAGGUUGGCUGAGAUGGGAAAUCUGGAAGGUGCACGGGCGCUUUUGGCUGAACGAAGAGCAACUGUCCUAGCAUCACAAGCAGCUCAAGCUGGGGAUGGUCUUACUUUUUCGUUUGAAACUGAGCUUAAAGAAGUCAUGGAUAGAAUGGCUUCUAUGAACUUGUACACCUAUGCAGGGAUGAGCUCUCAUUCUCAACAGAGGGCUACAGCUAGGGGUGCCAAUGUCCCCAAGAUCAAGUAUGAGACUCUCGAUGCGGCUUACCAAGCUAUGGAACAUUUCUUCUCAUGA